AUGUCACAGAGUAUUCAUUCGCGUGGAACCCAUGACCGCUCCUCACUCGAUGGCUUCCCGAUGGAGGCGCGCACGGUCAGUCUCAUCGCGGCCAUCGUUCCCGAUCUGGUCAUCAAGGAGUUGGCGAUAGUACCUGAGAUUUAUGUCCGACUGUUCCCCAUGCAUGAUCUGCUCAGUGGGAAGGCUGGUAAGAAUAACCGGCGACAAACAUUUGCCGAUCCAGGUGUAGAAAGACGAUUUUUUGGGAACGCCGACGGGUUUGUCUUUUGA